AACAAGAAACAAGAAAUUCUACAGAAAGCUCAGAAAACCAAUCCAUCACAUAUUGCUUGGGGAUAUUGCUUACCAAGGUAUUGUUGGUAUGUAUCUUGAAUCUUGAUGAGUCAAUGAUUAGCUUAUUGUUCUCAAUAUUAGUUACAUUCAUAUGAAAUCAUCUUCGUUAAGAACCGUACCGAUGCUAAUUAACAACCCUCGUAGCUAGUCGGGUUUUGGUUUAGCCUUCUUGCCAAAUUUUUAUAAAUGAAAGCAUUUUAUAGCACCACAAAAUGGAUUAAUCUUCUACAAAUAAAGAGGAAGUUACAAACGAUGGCUAGAAAGAGUCACAUUACCGAAAUACUCACCCGAUAAUCUACAAAUCACUAAAAAAAUGGUUGUUCCACACCUCUAAUCAUUCACAAUUGUUACUCAAAGCUCUCUAUUCAAUCUGAAAAGACAAUCCGUGCCUCAAUCUGGUUUUUUUACCUGCCCAAUUACUUACUAUAGGUAGUUUGACUUUCUUGAAAAGGAAAAAGAUGACAAAUGAUGAUUGUUGAUAUUGCUAAUGUAAUCAUCUUCUUUUUUGGUUUUCAAUGAAUUCCUGUUUCUAUGUUAGGAGCCAAAUCAAAAGUGGUGGAGUUGGUAUUUUUGCCUCGGGUGGCCAUGGAAGGAAUCAAAAAGCCUUUCGAGAUCUCUCUCUUUUUUGUCCAUUCUCUCUUUACUCCUUUAGGCUGCCAAUUGAAACUUUACCUUAGAUGCUUCAAUCUGCCUCUUUACCCCAUUUAUAUAUGUUUUCUAUUCUUUCUUCAAAUAUGGGGACUGGAAUCCCAAACCUUGACGCUCUGUUUGGCAACAAAUGGGUGCAAAUUGCAGGGGGUGCAAGUUGAGGGGUAAAUUGUUGGGGAGUGCAAAUUGCUGGGGUUGUAAGUGGAGGGUAAAUUGUUGUUUGGAUGAAAAAGUAGGUGGGUGCAAAUGUGUUUACCCCUCACAUUUGCACCCUCCUCCCAUUUACCCCUCUUCCCAAACAGAGUGUGAGUGACGAGAGCAAGUAGAAACCCUACCAUCUAACAACUGUAGCUGUAGAAGGAAAGGUUAUGCUUUAUGUCGUCGAACUUGUUGCUGAUUUGUUACAAUAUUUUUUUUCUAGUCGCUUUGAUUGUUUGAUGCUUGUUCGAUUAGGCUCACAACCGCCUCUGAAUUCUCAGUCAUGAAAGUGCCCGACUUUGUAAAUUCACUAUCGAGGAAGAGACGAGGAGAUAUACGACACAUCCUACAAAAUUUCCGUUUGAUCUAUGCUCGGGCAUUUAACUAAAAGAGUAUUGAAACGGAAAAUCGUAAGCUAAUAGUUUUCUCGUAAAAACUAGUAGCAUAUCCCGAAUAUAUUUACGCAUUUGUGUAAAACUGUCCUGAAGCUAGUCCUCAUAUUGUUAGUGGUCAAUCACCCCCCUUCUCUUCUUUAACAAGUUAUUAAGUUGGCAUUUUUAUGUGACAAAUAACAGGGAAUUUGACCUGACCACCUAAGUGGGAUGGAAAUCAUUAUAUGUGGUGUGGACACACAGAACCAAACUAUUAUUUCUUUUUUUCCUAUUUGUUUAGUUUUUCUUCAAAGUCAAAAAGAUAUGCAGAUGCAGAACACACAGUGGAAGGAAACAAAAUUCCAUAAUAAUAAUAAUUAUUAUUAUGUGUGUGGAAAAAUAAAUGGGAAAGAAAUUAGGAAGGGAAAGCUCAACGGACUAGAAGAACACAACAUAACCAUGGUUCAUGAAACCGUACCGGAUACCGUAUCGGAAAAGUCAGCGGUAGGGUAUUUUAUGGCAAAACCGUGAUUUAAUCGUAGUUCAACCAUUAAUACCGUUAGAUACCGCCUACCAAUUUAAUCUCCGAUACUGAUAUUUUGUGGUUGAACCGCUGGUACGAUACGGUUUCAUGGAUCAUCAACAUGACUAGCCGCAGCAGCAACAACGAAAGUAAAGUUGUCCCAUUUGGUCUGUGACAACUAACUAAUAAACUAACCCCAUCCGGCCAUCCCCAUUUCCCCACUGAUAGUUAAUAACUAAUAAAUAAUCAGACCCAGGCAUUGGCACAAAUUGGCAGUGGCAAGCCCCACACCAUUGAUGUAUAUAGGACUGAAAGUUUGGUAUUGGUAUUUGGGAUAUACUGAAUACCGUAUCGAAUUUGUCUAUAUUUAGUAUUACCGAAUACACGUAUUAUUUUGUGAGAUUGGGAUUGGGAUUGAAUUUCAAUUGUUAUUUGGUAUUAGGGAUUACAGGAUUGAGAUCGAUCAAUACCGAAAUAUAAGCUAGUGCGUAUUUAAUCCUCUCAACUAGACUCUCUCAUUCACUACUACGCGACCAUCAACCACCAAAUUCGUCAUUUAAUUUAUACAUAGAUCAUUACAUCACUAUUUCACACUACUAUUAGUCGUCUCUCAACCUCAAAUUCGUCAAAUUAAAGAUUACCAAUUACAAGAAUUUGAGAUGUUAGCUCUAGGCAACUCAAGACUAUUUGCUUAGUCUCAUUGCCCUAAAUUAAACAAUAAAAUCUAAUUUAUAUAUUUAAUUAUUAAUUGUAAAGGUAAUUAAUUAUGUAUUCGAUAAUACCGAUUGGGAUAUCGAGGUACCGAUUGGGGUACCGAAAUUAUUUAGGGAUUGGGAUACCGAAAUUAUUUAGGGAUUGGGAUUGGGAUUGAUUUUAGGGUGUAAUUCGGUAUUCGGGAUUUCGAUAUUUGGUAUUGGGAUACCGAUACCGUACUGAUUUCCACUUACACCUUCCGGUCACUGUUCAUAGUUUUCAUAAACAUUAUGCACUGUUCAUCCAGCAGCUUUUUUUUUUUUUUUUUUUGCGAUAAAGGAGGCCAGCGGCCAAGAAGGGAAACAGGGGGAAGAAGACAGGAAUUACAAACUGGGGAGAACAGUGAUCUGACGCUCAAAGGCCACUCCCCUCCUAUCCUCCUCGACAAUCUGACAAAGAGCAGGAGGCAAGCUAGGGAGUUCAUGCAUACCGUAGGGAUAGACGAGACUGUGCUUCGAGAGCCAGUCCGCGACUCUAUUCCCUUCUCGGUAUGUAUGAACUAUCCUAACUAGCCAAUCCUGAGCUAACAGCCUCCGAAUCGAGCUCAAAAGCGAAGCAUGAGGGUGAAUAGGAUCCCUGCGACUCUCAAUCAGCUGAAUGACUAGUUGAGAAUCCGACUCAACUAUCAGAUUUGUGCAUCCAUAAUUCCACGCAAGAGUUAAACCAUGAAAAACAGCCCACAGCUCGGCCAGAGCAGCCGAAGCAUCUCCGAUUUUUGCCACAAAACCCGCAAUCCACUGGCCCUGAUCAUCCCGGAUGACCCCACCCGAGCCCGCAAGCCCCGGGUUGCCCGCCGAAGCCCCAUCGAUGUUCACUUUCAUCCACCCACGGGGAGGGGGAUGCCACCUGACCUGAACCGUCUCCCGCCUAGAGUCGUGACCCCUUCUGCCUUGCGGAAUCGAGGGAGCAAGCCACGCCUUAUACCACAGGUUAGCCUUGUGCUCAAUGGAGUGGGCCAAGGAAGGGGCGGUGAAGGCCUUCUGCGCGCCUUCAAGGCAAAAGGUGCACCUGUUUUUCCAGAUAAGCCAGAUAGCAAUACUAAAGAAAACAUUCCAAGGCAUACCGUCUCCCCUUGGGUCAUCCUUCUGCAGGUUGCUGUGCAGCCAAGACUCACCCUCACUGGAAAAGAAAGUGUGCUGCCGAUCAUAGGGAACCCAUCUCGACCAGCAGUAUCUGGCUGGGGGGCAGUCUCGCAACAGGUGACUAAUAGACUCGGGGCAGUCCUGGCAACGGGCGCACGCCGGUGACUCCGCACACUUCCUAGAGAACCGCAGGCAAUUAGUGGCGAUCCUUCCUCGAGCAGCAAGCCAAGCAAAACAGGUGACUCGCUCCGGCACAGCAAGUUUCCAAAUUUUCUUCCACAGCCCCUCAUCCUGGUCCGCCGGUCUGGACUGGAGUAGCUGGUAAGCUGACUUCGUAGAGAAAUGGCCAUUAGCGGUCUCAGUCCAGAAGAUGGUGUCAUCAACAGAGGACAACACAUCUACCCUUGCAGCUGUAAUCUUCUGAAGAAUUUCGGUUGACAGCCAAGGAGAUAAACGGCUGAUAUCCCAGUUCCCGUCUAUGUCAAUGUAAUCAGCAACCGUCUCCGAGCGCAUCUCGUCAGAAAUUGGUUGGAGCACCACUUCUGAGAGAGGACCCUGCAAAAUCCAAGAAUCAAGCCAAAACUUAGUCCGCCGGCCAUUAUGGAUAUUCCACGCACAACCCUUCCUAAGAAGGUCAGAAGCCUUUUGAAAGCUUCUCCAAGCAAAGGAACUUCCCUGAACUGGGCGAAGCAUCUCAAGCCCUUCCGUCUGCUUGCCGUACUUUGCCCGCAUAAGCUGAGUCCAGAGAGUAUCCUUCUCCUGCAAAAGCCUCCAACCACCUUUUGCUAGCAGAGAAAGGUUCGCUUGGCGGAGAGAUCUGAGGCCACCGCCCCCCUGAGCCUUGGGCUCCGCUAGCUUGUCCCAGGCCACCAAGUGCAUUUUCCCUUGAUCACCGUCCUUGCCCCAAACAAAAUCCCUGUUAAUCCUGUCAAUAGAAUUGCAAACAUUCAUAGGAAUUAAUUCUGUUUGCAUAGUAUAGGUGGGAAUGGAGAGGGAUAUAGAACGAGUCACCGUGAGUCUCGCUGCAAAGGAUAGACGCUUUGCCUUCCAGGGGGCAAGUUUCUUCUGAAUCUUCAGGACCAGAUCCUGAUACCGGCUCUUGGUCACCCUCCCAUGAAUGGUCCGAAUGCCUAAAUAUUUCCCAAGCUCCUUAGCCAGAGGAAUGGCUGCCCUGCCGCUCAGUCUUUGCGCCCUAGCUGUGCAAAUAUUCGGGGACACAUACAUGAUGGAUUUAGCAUAAUUGACUCUCUGUCCCGAACUGUCACAGAAUUCAUCCAAGCAAGUCCUAAUCGCCCUUAUCUGAGAUCCCGAGGCCUCAGCGAAAAGGACCAAGUCAUCUGCAAAAAAGAGAUGGGUGAGAGCGGGACCAUUCUGAGAAAUGCGAACGGGCUUCCAUAGCUUCUCCCUAACAGCCCGAUCAAUUCUAUGAGAUAGACGCUCCAUGCACAGAACAAAAAGAUAGGGUGAGAGAGGGUCUCCCUGGCGAACCCCCCGGGUGGGGGUGAUGGGUUGCAGGAGUUGGCCGUCCCAGAGAAUGCGCAUCCGGUUCUGCUCGACACAGUACAUGAUGCAACGAAUCCACGAGCUCGGCAGUCCCACUUCAACUAAGGUAUCCCGCAAAAAGUCCCAACGCAGCCUGUCGUAGGCCUUCUCUAGAUCUAUCUUCAGCACAAGACCACCCUUUCUGCCCUUCUUCUUCCGAAGAGAAUGGAGAACUUCCUGCACCACAAGGAUGUUGUCUGCAGUUUGGCGCCCAGGAAUAAAGCUGCUCUGGCGAGGGGAAACCAGGGUCUUCAUAACUGCUUUCAAUCUACUUGUCAUAGCCUUGGUAAUAGCUUUCAGGCUCACAUUAUUCAAGGAAAUAGGCCUCAGUUGAGAAACUAAUUCAGGCUUCUCAACUUUAGGAAUAAGAACCACAGUGGACUCAGACACCGCCUCCGGAAGAGGCCCUCCUUCAAGAAAGGCCAGCGCCAUUUCCGUUAGGGCCUUCCCCACCACUUUCCAGGACUGCUGAUAGAAAGCUGCCUGAAAGCCAUCUGGCCCGGGGGCCUGCAGGGGCUUCAUAUCAAAGACAGCUUUGUGGAUAUCCAUGAUCGAGAACGGAUGGAGCAAACGAAGCCACUCUUCCUGACUCAGGCGCGGGAAAGCCCCUUUGGGCAUCAAGUCCUCAUAUUGCUGCCCAUCCUGCAAAUAGAGGUCAGAGUAAUAGUUGAAAAUGAGAGUUGCUAACUCCUGCUUAUCUUUCACCCAAGCUCCAUCCACCCCGCGCAAACACUCAAUUUUGUUUGCUCUCCGUCUGAUAUUGGCCAUUUGAUGAAAGUAAGCAGUAUUCCUUUCUCCGAACUUGACCCACUUCUCUCGAGACCGUUGGAACCAAAAGAGUUCCUCUUGCUCCAUCGUUCUCUCCAGCUCCGCUUCUAGCUUCGAGUGAAGCUUGGCUAGUGCUGGAGAAAAGGACAUAGCCAGCCCCUUCUCAAUCCCCGCAAGCCGAGCAGCCAAUCUCUUCUUCCUUUGGAACACACUGCCAAAGACAUCUAAAUUCCAUGUCUGGAGCUGCUUUGAAAGGUCCUGCAAGGCAGAAGUGAAAUCAGUCUCACCAUUCCAUUUUUCAGUUAUGAACUGUUGAAAAUUCGAAUGCGUCAUCCAGGCUGCUUCAAAUUUAAAACGCCUAGGGGAAGAGUUAGAAACUCCCUGGUUCAUCACAGUCGUGAGGAUUGGGCUGUGAUCAGAGCUUAACCGAGCGAGGUGGACAACCGAAGUGUGGGGGAAUUUAUCAUUGAACUCCAAAUUGCAAAGGCUUCUGUCAAGCCGGCUGGCUUUGAGAUUCUGAGGCUGGUUGCCCCUAGUCCAGGUGAACUUGGCUCCGGAGAAGCCAAGAUCGAUCAAUUCAGCUUCGUUGAUCCAAUCCCCAAACUGCUUACAGCGCCUGAGAGUGCGAGUAGAAGUCUGUCCCGUCGUUUCUGUCGGAGAUAGGAUUGCGUUGAAGUCACCGGUGAGAAUCCACGGGCAGCGGAUGUCUCUGCUCUGGGCCAACAGGCUGUUCCAAAGGAGCUUUUGAGGCUGCUGCCGUGGAGAGGCAUAGACAGCAGUUAACUUCCAGUCGGGCAUGCUUGUUGUAGAGAUGUCGAGGGUGAUAUGUUGUGACCCAGCAGAGGCAACUCGGGCUGAGUAUUUUUGCGCGUUCCAGAAGAUCCAGAUGCCACCGCUACGACCGGAAGCCUCAACGCGGAACACAUUCGGGUAGCCAAACUUGUCGCAGACACGGUUCGCAACAUCGCCGCUGACCUGGGGUUCAACCAAAAUGACAAUAUCAGGUCUAUGGAGUUGGAGCGCAAGCUUAAGAGAACGAGCAAAGCCUGCGCUACCAGCCCCUCCCACGUUCCAUGAGAAAAUUUUGAAACAGAAAUUAUGCAUAAUCGACAUAUAAAAGGACAAGAAAGAAAAGGCAGAGAAACGAAAAGGGAAGAAAGGCUCGGUCGGCGGAGGAAUCAGGAUGGCCUGAGGGCAGCUCCGGUCUCGCUAGCAGACUCAUCUCCCCUGUUCGCCAGAGAAGGGGUGGAUUCCCGUUCCGUUCUGCUCGUCGGCGCAUUGCUAGCCAAAUCCGUCCAAUCCUUGAUCUGAUCAAGAGUUAGGGACACACGUCGUUCUCUACUUUUGCACUUCUUCUCCUUGAUCGGAGACCAGAUUUGAAGAGGCUUCAGGGGGUUGUGACGGAGCGGGGUUCCCUUCUUCGAGCUCGCUUGUCUUUCUUCCUUCUGCCCCUUCUUCUUCUUUGUGCGCGUUUUCGUUGACGGAGUUGACGGGUCAACUGUCCGGGGCGGAGGGAGAUCAUAUGGCUGGGCUUGCACGAUCUGAAUGUGUGUGCCUUGAGGCCCAAUGACCGAAUGGGUCGGGAAGAUAUUGGGCCGCGAUCCGAGGUCUUCUUUAGUUGUCUUUCGUUCCCCGGGCCCAUUGUCUUUAAAAGCGGCGGAGGGGCCUGCUUCCAUGGAGCUAUCCAUCACGUCGGGCUUAGUACCCACACUCGUUUUAGUGGACUGCGGUCGCGGGCCCAAAACCCCCUUCCCAGAGACCUGAGUGGGCUCUCCAAUCUUUCCUUUCCCUUUGCUGUCCACUUUCCCGUUGCCUCCUAUCCCAGAUUUUGCCUUGUCCCCCGCUAGAGAACGUUGUUCUGCUGGCCGUUGUUGAUUAUUCAGGGGAAGUUGGCCAUAGGAGGUAACUCCUUGAUUCUUGGAGAGAUUUCCUUCUUUUCUUUCCUCUUUCCUUGCUGACCCCUGAUUCUCUCGCUUUCCCUGUUCCGCCUUGCCAUGAUUGGGAUUCUCCCUUGGACUCCGCCGAGAUUUCCUCGUAACAAGCAUCCACGGUCCAAAGCCGCCGACGUCGUCCGUCGGAGCUUCUGUUGCGAGAUUCUCCGGCGACGGUCGUAUUCCGGCCGAGAUGUUAGCAGGAUCCAUCCGAGUCACCAAAGGGCAGCAGGGUCUCGUAUGGCCAAUCUUGCCGCACUCGAAGCAAACGACCGGCAAGUUUUCGUACUCUAUUUUUUGCCACUGAUCAUCCAGCCGAAUCCUUGGGAUUAGGGGCUUGGAGAGGUCGACCUCCACAGCUAUCCUAGCAAACUUAGCUCUCUGUUGGUGUAAAGUAUGGAAAUCAAGUUUAAUAGCUCGACCAAUCAGAUUGCCAAUGGUGAAUAGUAUCUCCUUGUGGUAAAAAUGGACUGGAAGCCCUGGUAACUGAAUCCAAACAACCAUUGUGCUUGGGAGGCUUUCUGUGAUCCUGAAUCCGGGCGUCCAUUGGCUGACGAGGAGAUAGUGAUCAAAGAUCACCCAGGGUCCUUCCGUCAACGCUUUGAAAUAAUCUUGGUCAUUUCCGAGCUUCACAAGGAAACAAUCCUCAUCCAAAGCUAAUACCUCCAUGCUACCAGAUGGGCGCCAAAGGGCCCUGAUUCUAUUGCAGAGCGUUGUAUAGCCAAUAUUCCUUCCCAGCAACCGCACCACCAAGGUUCGCUGCCAGGGGGCACUAAGCUUCGUCUUGAAGCUGUCAGAUAACCGCAGCUCAGGCUCUCCUUGGAACGAUCCUGGAAUGAGAUCGUGUUCACCAACAGGAAUCCACUGUGACAUAGGGCCUUUCGACAUACUCCCCUCCCCUGCCACAAUACCAGCAUAGGAGACGAUCCGCUUUGAAGGCGAGGUGGGAGUCUGGUCACCAAUGGUGUCAGCAGCGUGUACCUCGAUCGUAUCUCCCGUCGGCGAAAGCCCCAGAUUUGUUGGUGCCGGCGGCUUGUCAACCUGCAUCCCAGCGAGCAGGUCCCCUGUGGAUGCCUUCGGAGGAUUAUCCCCUGCCCCUGUCGACGUUGUGACCUCUGUAAAAAGUUGGCAGUUGUCCGGCGGGCGCCCCGAAGGGAUCGAGCUGUCCGCCGGCAUCGCAAUCAGAGAAGAGCUCAUCGCAAAUCCAAGUAACCCCUGUUCAUCCAGCAGCUGAAAACGCAAUCGAAUAGUGAUAUUAAAUGCAUGAGGACACCAUGGUAAGUGGAGGGAAACCCAGUUGAAGAUCCCCACAGUUACGAUUUCUAUGCAAUGGGGGGAUUCUUGGAAAACUGAGGAUUUGGUUGGGAAUUGGAGUUCAUAUACAGUUUGAAUGAGACAAGAAAAUUGCCCUGAUCUU